AUGAAAAGGCUAGCUGAAGUCAUCGGAAAUCAAUCUCACCAUUAUGCAGACGAAGAUGAAAGAGGACAUGGCAACCGCCAGGUUAUGCUAAAUCCUGUCCCAUCCAGCGAUCCCAAUGAACCGUUGAAUUGGAGUACAGCGCGGAAAAUAUGCAACUUUACCCUCGUGCUCGCUGUGACGGCACUCAUAUUUACAGCGCUUUCGAUCCAGGCAAUUUUCUGGCAAUUGAUGGUGGUAGAUCUCGAUGUGACAUAUGCCCAGCUGAACCGUGCCAUGUCUGUGAACUUCGUUGGCCUUGCCGUGGGCUGCGUGUUCUUCAUUCCCCUAGCGAAGAAGUUCGGACGAAGACCCGUGUAUCUCGUUUCGACGGCCCUCAUGUUGGCAACUUCGUUCUGGACGUCGAAGUUGCAUACCAUUGCGGAAUUGUAUGCCACUAACUUGCUCCAGGGGCUUGCUGGAGCGACAAAUGAAUCAAUCGUGCAGAUUACGAUCUCCGACCUCUUUUUCGUCCACCAUCGCGGAGGGAUGAAUGGUUUGUACAUGACUAUGGUCAUGAUAGGUAGCUUUCUAACACCCAUGGCGGCCGGGACUCAAGCCACAAAUCAAGGCUGGCGAGCAUCAUACCAAGCACUUGGCAUCACUAACGCCGUUAUAUUUGUCUUAUUUGUGCUUUUCUACGAGGAAACCAAAUAUACACCAGUCAUCCCUGGCGUCGACGAAUCUUGCGAACACACAGUCGACAACCCCAAAGCCGAUUGCAAACGGGAUAUUGAGUGUUCUACCAGUCGAGCCGAAACGAGUCCUAUACCAGCAGAUCACCACGAGCUAGACUAUAGGAUCCCAAUGAGAACAUGGGGACAGCGAUUCGCCUUGAUAACCUACACCCCAGAGCCUAUUUGGCCCUAUUUCUAUCGUCCCUUCUACGUCGUGGCUUCCUUUCCUGCUGUCCUUUUCUGUGCCUUGCAGUAUGCCUUUGGCGUGGUCUGGCUAACUAUCCUAUCCUCCACCCUCAGCUUGAUAUUCCCUUUGCCACCGUAUCUCUUCACCUCUGAGCAAAUCGGGUUCAUGAGUGUUGGUCCGUUUAUCGGAAACCUCAUCGGGUCUGUCUAUGGUGGCUUCCUCGGUGAUUGGUCUAUCUUGUUCUUUUCAAAACGCAACAAGGGAUACUAUGAGCCGGAGAUGCGAUUGUAUAUCCUUCAUUUGCCGGCUCUUUCAAUGGCUGGGGGGUUGAUUAUGUUUGGAGCCACGAUUGCACGGGGAAUGCACUGGAUAUAUCCCAGUAUUGGUGGUGCUCUGUUCGGCUUCGGACUAGGCAGUAUCAGCGAUGCAUCACUGACGUUGGUCAUUGACUCCUACCGUGACAUUACCGGAGACGCCUUCACAGGAGUCGCCUUCAUGCGUAAUGCCAUCAGCAUCGGCAUCCCGUUCGCAAUAAGUCCUUGGCUAGACCGAUCGGGCGCGCAGAACAUGUUUAUUGCAUGUGGAUUCAUUAGCUUGGCCAUCACCUUGACCAUUAUUCCCAUGGUAGUUUGGGGCAAGCGGAUGAGAAGAGCAACAGCGGAGAGGUAUCGGAUUAUGGCUCGGAAGUAG